AUGGGUGAUUCUUACGAUAUUCAACGAGGAAAUGAGGCAGUAUCGGCUGCUUCCACGUCAGAAUACACCAAAUACGGUUUUAAUAUCUUCGACAUUGAAACGAUCGAUCCAAGAUUCAAAUGUUUAUUUUGUGAGUUUGUUAUUAAGGAGCCUAUUCAGCUGGUCGAAUGCGGGCAUAGAGUCUGCCGAGGCUGCUUCGAUAUUCGAGCGGCUACGGUAGAAAACGGACGCGUUAAAUGCCCCCAAAAAGAUUGUAGUGAAUUUGCAGACAAAGAACAGGUCAUGGAAGACAAAGCGUUUCGUAGAGAACUAGAUUCUCUACGAGUCACCUGUAGAUUUAAAACCAAUAACGAAUGUACAUGGUCUGGACUACUUAGAGAAUAUCAAGGACAUCUCGAUGAAAACCAUAUACAUUAUAUAUGUCCGGAUUGCCAGACACGGUUCCCUUCUCAAGCAGCACUGGACGAACAUGUACAUAGCUGUCCAGUAAAUUUUCAACGAUGUCCGCUUGCACCCUACUGUACGGAUGAAAUGAUUCCUCGAAAUGAUUUUGAGAGGCAUUGUCUCACGCAAAUCCAUCAGGAAGCAGUUAUCAAAGGUGUCUUAGGCGAUUACAAUCUAUCGGAAGUGGUGACAUCUGAACAGCAAAUGGAGACAGGUGCGCUAACGAAUGAAUUGGAUGAGAAAACCUGGGAAAAAAUAGGAAGUCUGGGCAACGAGGUACACCGAUUAGAGGGAGCUUCAAUUGGCAUAGAUAAACAGCAAAAGGAAAUGCAAGAAGAAAUUACUCGAAUAGUGCAAGGCCUAAAUACAUUUUAUUCACUAAUCAAUGAACGCCUUUCCAUCAAGCAAGGCGUACAGCCUACUCAAGAAAAAUUACAAAAAGAUAUUGAUCAAUUACAUCAAUCCUUUGAAAAUCUGCAACAUGUGUCAAACGAUGGAACAUUGACAUGGCGAGUUGACCGCGUGUCGGAGAAAAUAGCAGAUGCCCAAUCGGAAAGACAGACUAGUAUUUAUUCACCAAUCUUUUAUUCAUCACCAACCGGAUACAAAAUGCGCGUGAGGCUAUUUCUAUUCGGUGACGGAAGUGCCAGGCGCACUCACAUAUCUUUAUUUUUCCUUCUGAUGAAAGGAGAUUACGAUGCAAUAUUAAAAUGGCCCUUCUAUUAUAAAGUUACAUUUUGUUUAUUGGAUCAGACAGAUUCGAAUCGUCACAUCAUCGAUUCCUUCUAUCCCGACACAAAAUCGAGCUCAUUUCAACGCCCGAGGGACGCCGCCAAUACAGCCAGUGGGAUCCCGAAAUUCUUUCCACUGACAAUGCUCUUGCAAGAUGACAACGUCUACGUGCGAGAAGAUACACUCUACUUAAAAAUAAUCAUCGGAUUCAAUGAUAUGCCGAAAACUUUAUUACCAUACAUAUUAACGCUAAAUCCAGCCCUUCCAAACUAUGUCCAAGAGAAUUUAAUACAACAAGAAACUAUUAAACUGCAGCAACAACAGGAACAACAACCAAAUACUGUAAAUAAUCCUCAGUCGAUGUUCGUGAAUACAGGAAAAUAG